AUGCUUCUUCCUAGGAGAAAUGACGCUCCUCGAACUGGAAUGUAUAGUUACCGCCGCCUGCAAUACCGGCCUUUGCUCUCAUCAGAAGAAGCUAUUGAAGAGGCAAAUGAGUACUUGGCAAAAAAUACCUCAGACACAGAAAUGUUACUACAACGGGCAAAAGCUUUAGUACGAUUGGGACGGUACUCUGAAGCCCAUGCUGAUCUUUCAAUUCUUAUAAAACCUUUUCAGGGAAAUGGUCACCCUACUAAAAUAGUGCAUCUCUUAUUUUAUCGUGGUCUUUGUUGUGAAAAGAUGUCACGUAUUGAUGAUGCCAUUGCAGAUUUUACAGCAGCACUUGAUAUUGCUCCUUCUCACAAGCGAUCAGCAUAUGAACGUGCAGCAUGCCAUAAUAAAAAGGGAAAUUUUACUGCAGCAAUUUUGGAUUAUGAGAGAGCAUUACAGUAUGAUUUGGGUCGAUCUAACUUUCUUAUGCAUCGAAAUACUCGAAGUCGUUUUGCAAAAGCUCGUCAACAACAACUGUCUAUGCCAACAUCUUGUGUAACAUCGCCAGAUCAUGUGAAUCGUGCUUCUGUUUUGCAUAUGAAUAAUAUAUCCACACAUGGUGGUAAUAAAAAAUUAUCACUCGCGUCUCCACUUGAUGUUCGUGCUAUAACAUCAGCUGUAAUGGAUGAUACGUUAAGGCCAAAUUAUCCCAUUUCUACACCAUCUGGUAGUCCUGAAUGGAAUCGGACCACAUCAUCAUCAUCAUCAUCAUCAUCAUUAUUAUUAUCAUUUUCCACAGUUCAAAACUCUGAGGCAGCAGAGCAACAUCAUCAGCGUGGACUUGCCUUCCGAAAACAAGGUGAUUUAAUACAUGCUAUUAAUGAAUACACUGCUGCCAUACAACUAGAUCCAAAGAAUUUUAAGGCAUUAUUUAACCGUGGAUUUUGUCAUGACAAGAUUGGUAAUUAUGAUGCAGCUAUUCAUGAUUAUGAGGCUGCUAUGGAAUUAGAACCAAGGUAUGCGUAUACAUAUUAUAACCUUGGUAUAUCAUACGAUCGUCGUGGUGACCAUUUUGAAGAAGCUAUAGCCAUGUUUGAUAAAGCUAUAUCACUAGAUAAUACCAACGCUGAUUUUUAUCACAAUCGUGGUUUCAGUCAACGAAAAUUGGGAAAAUAUCGUGAAGCCAUAAAAGAUUAUACUACAGCGUUAUCUCUUGAUGCCCAACAUUUUAAAGCAUAUUAUAAUCGUGCUUUUUGUUAUGAUAAGUUAGGAGAAAUUACUAACGCUAUUGAAGAUUACACUAAUGCCAUAGCUAUUCACGCAAACAAUCCCAAUGCCUAUCAUAAUAGGGGUGCAGCAUUAGAAAAAAUUGGCCGACUUAGUGAUGCUAUUAAAGAUUACACAGAAGCUAUUAAACUAGAUGGCGAAAACCCUUUUACAUAUAAUGCUCGUGGAGUAGCUUAUGAUCGUAUUGGUAUGUAUGAUGCAGCUCUUAGUGAUUUAACGAAAGCUAUUGUACUCUCCUCCAAUAAUGCGAUGUUUUAUCAAAAUAGAGGUGCCACAUAUCAAAAUAUGGAGUGUUUUCCAGAAGCACUACGAGAUUAUGAUGUUUCACUUAAAUUAGUAGAACAAUAUGAGAAUAAAAGGUUUGAUAUGGUUUCUGAUGAUAAAAUGGUACAGAAAGUAAAUACAAUGAGAAUCAAAAUAUUAAGCAAUCGUGGUUUUUGUCACGCACGUCAGGGCAAUUAUGAAGCGGCUAUUCAAGAUCUCUCAGCUGUCUUUACAGUAGAUCCUGAUAAUAUACUUGCUUUGUAUAAUCGUGGUAUAUGUUAUGAUAAACUUGGUAAUCACAAAUACGCAGUGGAAGAUUUUUCUCGUAUUAUUGAAAUAGAUGCAGGAAAUGCCGAUGCACACUUUAGUCGUGGUUCUGCAUUGGAAUCUCUACAGGAAUAUGCAGCGGCGCUAGAUGAUUAUGCAGUAGCACUAGCUCUAGAUGUUGACAAGAGUAACUUGACAGAUGUUAAGGCCUUGACGAAAUUUAAAGCAGAACAUCGUGCUACAGUGGCAUCUCAACGCGUAUUUCAACUCCUUGGUAAUCAAGUGGAAUGUCACCCAAGUAUGCGAAAUUUGUCCUAA